AUGAGGAAUAAUGCAACAUUAAAAACAGAAGACAUCUGCGCUUUAAAUGUGCUAAUGAGUGAAGGUAUAAUUAUUCUCGUUCUAAAUAUAUCACUGGUACUGGUCGUGGUUCGUUCAAAAAAAAUCAGAAAAAGCAUUGGCGACAUUGUACUGAUUAAUUUACUUAUAUCUCAUGCUGUGGAAGGGGUGUUUGCAAUAUGGAUAGAAGUGGCUGGUUUAAAUUUCAACAUUACCAAUACAGAAAAGCGCGCAUUACUUGUCAACCUGUUCGUUGCAAAUUCCUUGCUUGGCUGCCUAAACAAUCUAACAUUUACAGCUGACAGAGUUUUAGCAAUUAGCUGGCCAUACUUACAUCAGAGAUUAAAAUUGAGGAACGUUCUUAUGAUAUGUUGUGUUCCAUGGUUAAUCUCGUGCAUUUUCUUGUCACUUGCAUUUUUGUUGGACUUUUCAGAGGAAACAGGAGAUGUUAUUACAAUAAUCUUAGUAUCAAUAAUGUCUCUAGUGUUGAUAGUAUCAAAUACAAUAAUAUACAGAGUUGUAUUAAAACAUGUGAAAGAAAUCACAAAGACAACUGUGGGUAUUGAAUAUACAGUUUAUGAAAAUCAGGACACGUCGCUAGAGAACAUUCAUUCUAUCCAGAUACAGAAAGAUAUUACUAAAGUUGAGGAUAAACCUAAAUUAAGGUACACCGAGAACAAAAUAAAAUCACAACAUAAAAAGAUCGAGAAAAAACGUCUGCGUUCUGCAUAUAUAUGUUCUGGUAUUGUUGCUUCUUAUAUUGUUUGUUGGUUGCCCCAUAUGAUUCACGAUAUUAUCAAAACCACGACCUUAACCUCUUCCCUAUUAUAUUCAGGAAAUUGUUAUUCAAGGGUUACAUUAUUUGUUGCGUUUCUCAACCCCAUAAUUGAUCCAUUAAUAUGGGCAUCGCUAAACAGAAACAUUAGAAAGGAGGUGAAAAAACAGAUUCGUUGCACUCGGAAAGCAUGUACAUAA